CAUUGCUGCGCGCGAACUGGCUGCCGGAUUUUGCCCACACAACACGCAGUCAACCCACUUGACAGUGCAUCCUGUGAUGUCUCGACGAACGUGAUAAGGCGCUAUAUCAACUGCAAGGAUUAAUAUUAUUAUUAUCAUCAGUAUAUACGUGUCUCCUUCCCAGCUCGGCCUCUGACGCCGGCCACUGCUGGCACGGAUGGUUCCACAUUCCCCGUUUCCACACAGCUCCACAAACAGCCUGUGAAUUAUUAAUCCAGUGCAGACAGCGCCGGUUUGUGCAAGAAACAUAAAACCAGCCUGGAGCGAGCGAGGGAGAAGCAGCGGCAGAAUGGAGCCAGCAGUCAGAGACGAUAGAGAUGGGCCCCAAGGAUCACAAGACAAUGAACGUCAACAGAGAGGAACAUCCGAGAGUCAACCGCAGACACAGAAUAUGACCUUCCACACCCAUGUUAUUGAACAAAGUGAGGCGGUUUCUAGCCCUGGGAUUAACUCCUCGAGGAAUGCUGAACACCAAGGAAUCAGUGACUGUGCCCGUCAGCCCACAGACACCAGUGGGGAGGUGCAGGUACCUGUGAACGCACUGGGAUACGUAAACAGAGCCUAUGUUGGAGAACCUCCACCAUAUUCUCCUCCAGACCCAAAGGCCAUCCAUCUAAUGUACCAAUUCUAUGGCACCCCUUUCCCAGGACAAUUACCCACUAUAUACCAGCCUGGAGCCCAAGAUCAAGCCUUGUUUCAGCAACAGAAUAUGCCUCUUGGGCCUUAUCCGUUCUCCAUUUAUAACUAUCAGUUACCCGGAGUCCCCCCAACACAGGAACAGUGGCGGCCACCCAAAGAUUACAUGGUGGAGUCUAUCCUGGUGACAGUGUUCUGCUGUUUGCUGUCAGGAAUCCUGGCCAUUAUCUUCUCGCACGAGACACGAAUGGCCACUCAGAGAGGAGACCGGAUUCUUGCUAAAAGUGCCUCCGGGAAGGCCCGGUCCCUGGUUUUGUUCAGUUUGCUUUUUGGCGUCUUUGUUUCCAUCGCGUGGGUGAUAUAUGUGAUCGUGGCACUUUACUUUGCUUAAAUCUAGCAAUGUACUUACUUAAUACAUCCGUUAAUCUAAUCCGACCUGACUCAGUCCCACCCAAUAUCCUAUCUUGACUCCUUAUAAUUUAUUGUUAAAUUGUGUAAAUA